UCUUAAACGAGGCUGAAAACGAAAUAUUUCCACCGCGUUUUAGCGCGAAAAUGUGUAAGCCUUUAAGAAUUUCGCUUUUUAAUUCGCUCAAGCGUAUAAGAGCACUGACGGUUUUAUGUCACGUAAAAAUACAACUAUUACUUGUGGCGUAUUGCGGCUUUCUCGGUUUGAACUCCAUCCUAAACCUCACUACAGCUAAAAUGAUUAAGGGAAUUGUGGUUUUCAUCCUUUUGACGUGCAUUGGAGCAUUUUGCCAACAAUUGAGCGUGGACAAAGUGAUCACCAGAGACGCCCACCAGUCAAUUCGGGCACGUUCUCUUAAGCCAAACUCUCCAUCUGGAAGAUAUACCGAGCCACGUCAAAAUUACCGUGAAGAUGACUGCUGUGUCACGAAGAAGAUAGUGCAAAAUGGAAAAAUCAAGACUCAGUGUCGCAGCGAGCAUCCUGAUUGUUUCAGUAAAUCAGAUCCAAGAAGCCCGUAUUUUGGGAUGUGCGAAACUGUGCGGAACAGUCAAAAUGAUGUAGUUGCUUGUCGAUGCGCUGCUCAAAAACGAGAUAGUAACCCUAACUGA